AUGGCGGCCACCGCGCUGCUCGCUGCUGUCGUUGUCGUCCUGUGCACUGCGAUACAAGAUGUAUCGGCUGAGCUGAGCGUCGCGGAUCACCUGGCCACGGGAGACAAGCACCUCGCCGCGGGAGAGCUGUCGACCGCGCUUGACCACUACCACAGCGCUUGCGAUGGUGCACCGAAUGACUACAGCCCGUACUUCAAACGGUCCAUUGCGUACCUUGCACUCGGCCGCCUUCGCCAGGCCUCAAAGGACCUGGACCGCGUCUUGGAGCUCAAGCCAGACUUUACACAAGCACGCUCCAAGCGCGCUGAGAUUCUCCUCAAAAUGGGCCAGCUCUCCUCUGCCAAGGAAGAUUUUGUGGCACUGGGCGAUACGGAACAGGCCGCAAACAUUGACCGGCUGGCGGCAACGCGGGAAGCCGCAGAUACAGCAGCAGAACAAGAGCAGUGGCAAGAAGCCCUCAACCUCUACACACAAGUCAUCGAGACGGUUGGCAGCGACGCUGACCUUCGCAUGAAGCGUGGCAAGGUGUACAUGCACUUGGGCAUCAUGGGCGAGGCCAUGGCCGACGUCAAGCGUGCGACGGUGCUGAAGAGCGCAAACACAAAAGCCUUCUUCCUCCUCAGUGAACUGGAAUUCAAGAGCGGCAACUACGAGGGGGCGUUGGAGCAGAUUCGACAGUGUGUCAAGCUUGACGGCGACGACAAAGCGUGCUUUGAUUUCUACAAGAAGCUCAAAAAGUUUACCAAACUCGCCAACAAGGCUAAGGAAGUCCUCGCAGCCAAGCGCUACGCCGAGGUGAUUAUGAACGUGGAGAAGAUGGAGAAGCUUGAUGUGCAGGAGCCCUUCUACUUGGCCUGGUUUGCCAAACUGCGCUGCGAAUGCCUCAGCAAACUCGCAAGAACAGCACCUGCCUUGGAGGCUUGCAACACUGCGGCAGAGCUCGACCCGAACGAUGCGUUUGUGUUUGUGCACCGGGCAACUGCGUAUGAGCAGCUGGAAGACCUUGAGGCGUGCGUGCAGAACUAUCAAAAGGCCGCCGAACUGAACCAGGACAACAGAGAGAUUCAAGAGGGAUUGAAGCGGGCGCAGCGCUUGCUCAAGAAUUCGAACAAACGCGACUACUACAAGAUUCUGGGCGUCUCUCGAACGGCGUCAAAGAAGGACAUUGUCAAGGCGUAUCGCAAGCUUGCUCAAGAGUGGCACCCGGACAAGUUUGAAACUGAAGAAGAAAAGGCACAGGCCGAGAAGAAGUUUAUGGACAUUGCCGCCGCCAAGGAGGUGCUCUCGGACCCGGAGAAGCGUCGCAUGUUUGACAACGGAGAGGAUCCACUGGAUGCAGAGGAGGAGCGAGAGCGCGCACAGCACCGUGCCAACCCCUUUGGACAAGGCUUCAACCCCUUUGGCGGCGGUGGCCGGUUCCACUUCCGCUUCCAAUAA